AUGACGAUGAUCUAUACCUUUUUCUGGGUUCGAAUGAAUUCCAAGCAUGAUGAGGGGUAAGUGGGGGACUGUUUCCAACUCAUAAAGUGUCAUACACACGGAAUCAAAGCUACCAUCGUCUUCAUAUUCCGAACCUGUUCACCUUGCUCUCACCUUGCUCUCAAAAAGUCCGACUCAUGGCGCCAAUCAAACAAAUUGAGUAUUUUCGAGUACCACCAAGAUGGCUGUUCGUGAAGAUCACGGAUGUCAAUGGCAAUUUUGGAUGGGGCGAGGCAUCGCUUGAAGGCCAUUCGGAAGCGGUGGAGGGUGCUCUCGAUGCUUUUGUUGAACGAUUCGUGGGCAUGGAUGCAGAGUGA